AUGGCCGAUGCUUCGGGUUUAUUAGGUGGUUUUAAAUUAUAUGUUGCUCGAAAAAUGAUGGUAACCAAUAAACUAACGGGUACAGAAAUAAAAGUAAACGGUGGUACAUUUUAUGAUGGAAAAGAUUAUGGAGCCGCAAUCCGUUUUGGAAAACAAUGUCAUUAUUAUACUUUAAAAAGAAUUCUUUUAUUUGAACGUUUUGAACAGAUUUCAAAUAAUCGAAUAAUAAUUCCAUUAUCCAACCAAACAGUUAAAACGGAAAUACCGCAAUUUCUACUAAAUAUAAAAAAUGUUGCCGAUUUAGAUGAGAAAGUAAAAUUUAUCUUCGAACGUACUCCAGGGUAUGAGGGUGAAAAUUUCACCUUAGCAACGGGUAAACCACACAGAUCAAAAUUACAAAUCAUUUUAAAUGUAUUUAGUGAAGAUUAA